AAUUUAAGCUUUUCCGGAAAGCUCUCGGAACCUUCAAUUGCAAUAUCAAAACAAAACUCUCGUUCUGCCGCGUGUUUCAUCCACUAAAUUUGCUUGAAAAUGCCUCCUCCAAAAGUUAAAUUGCACAAAUCCAGUGGGAAAGUAAAGACACUACAGUCCAUGAAACCUGCAGAAGAAUCGUCUUCUCAAGUUGUGGAAAACAACGCAGAAUUGGAACUUUGUUGGUGCAUCCAAAAGUUAGAGCUGUCCCUAUCUUCCGGAAUGUUAUCACAAAAACUAGCCCAGGACGCUGAAAAGACCCUUAGAAUCCUUAAAGGAGCAAAUCAACCCUUGGUAAAGAAGAGACAAGUCAUGAGAAAUGCCUUUGGAGACUAUCGAGCUCAAAUGGCACGGGAAGAAAAACAAUUAUCCCUAGCAUCAGGAAAAAUAAAAUUCACAGACCCAAAGGAGCAGAAGAACUCAGCAAAAUCAUAUUUUGUGAAAAAAUCCGCUCUUUUGAAUUCCGGAAGCGAUUUCAAGUUCAAUUUCAAUGUCAAUGAGGCUGAAAAAUCUCAGGAAAAUGUGAAUCUUGUCGAGGAGAAUACCCUGCCAAGGAAAGAAGUUCCAUCUUCCAGCAAAUAUAUCCCCUCGGAUAAUUCUUUUAGAUUCAAUUUUGUGAUACCCGAAGAAUCUAGCUGAAUAAAGGAAGAACGUUGAAUUUGAAAA